UUUGCAGCAACCAAGAAACAAAACCAAGGACUUAUAAUAGGUACUAGCGUAGCCGGUGGCUUGUGUGCGGCCAUAGUCUGCUCCUUCUGUUUUAUCCUGUAUGCAAGGAAAAAGAAAAAGAGACGCUCUAGCUCCACUAUCGAUAGAAUUGUUUCUUUUCAGCCGUUCUCCAAAUCAGACCCUGAGCUUGGUUGCUCUCUACAUGCUCCCAUCUUCAAAUAUGAUGAUCUUUAUGAAGCCACAAAUGGCUUUGAUUCCUCCAAAGAACUUGGUGAUGGCGGCUUUGGCACAGUAUAUAAAGGCAAGCUGCGAGAUGGUCGAGUAGUUGCAGUGAAGCGCCUCUACGAGAACAACUAUAAGCGCGUCGAGCAGUUUCUUAAUGAAGUCAAUAUCCUGUCACUCCUGCGCCACCAGAAUCUCGUCAGCCUCUAUGGCUGCACCUCUAGACAUAGCCGUGAGCUCCUCCUCGUGUAUGAAUUCGUGCCGAACGGAACAGUUGCCGACCACCUCCACGGCGCACGCGCCUCUGAAGCAUUCAUGCCAUGGCAUGUAAGACUGAGCAUCGCAAUUGAAACCGCCGAUGCCCUCAAUUAUCUCCACUCUGUUGAACCACAGAUCAUUCACCGCGACAUCAAGACCAACAAUCUCCUCCUUGACAACAACUUUCAUGUCAAAGUUGCUGACUUUGGCCUCUCAAGGCUCUUCCCACUCGACGCCACACAUGUUUCUACAGCUCCCCAAGGCACACCAGGGUAUGUUGAUCCCGAGUACCAUCAGUGCUAUCAGCUCACAGACAAGAGCGAUGUGUACAGCUUUGGAGUAGUACUAAUGGAGUUCAUAUCAUCAAAGCCUGCUGUUGAUAUCAGCCGGGAGAGGAAUGAAAUCAACUUGGCAAGAAUGGCAAUCAACAAGAUCCAAAGGCAGGAGUUGCAUGAAUUUGUGGAUAAAAAGCUGGGUUAUGAGUCGGAUUGCCACAUAAAUAGGAUGAUCAACCAGGUGGCGGAACUGGCAUUCCAGUGCUUGCAGACUGAUAGGGAGAUGAGGCCUAGCAUUAAGGAUGUCCUUGAGGUUUUAAUAGGAAUAGAGAACGGUGGCCGUAAGAAUGAAAGUUUUGAAGAUGUAAAUGCAACGUUGAAGGAGGAAGCUCAGUUGUUGAAGAGCUCCCCACCUUACUCGCCAAAUUCUGUAACAACAGGAUGGGUGAGCAAUGGGACAACACCGAACACCAGCGGGUGAGAGUAACAUCUGUUUCAUUGAAUUCCUCAAAAACAAAAAAUAAAAAAUAAAAAAAAAUAUACUUUGGUAGUUUUAGAAAGUAGAGGGAUAUGUACAUAAUAUCGAGUCUUUAUGUAACCUGAAAAACUCUUAUAGAGGGAUUAUUUAGAUGUAUGGGCUUUACAAUAGUAAUCAUUUCUUAA